AGAACAUUUUUUCAGUUCGGCGCGAACGUCAGUCGCGAGUGGAUGUACUAACCAACCAGCCGGUGGAUAUAUCGAAAAUUGUUGAAAAAAUAGAAAAGCCUUUUGUUACUCUCUCAACUACCUAUACCACGGUGUGUGUGUGUGUAUACACACUCUAGAGAAACGUGUGUGCGUGUGUGUGUGAGUGUUGAGACAACGACCGAGUUUGUUUAUUCGUCAAAGAGUAAAAAAAGAAAAAUAUUCCGUGCUGGGUCUGAAAAACGUUUCGACAGUCUUAGAAAUAUAUAUUUAGGAGAAAGAAAAAAAGAAGUUUUGUUUUUGUGUGUGUGUGUGUGUGUAUACCUUUAUUAGUGAGUCGCCAUCUUGAAGAAUUCCUGUUCUUUUCCCGCCACAUUCUUAUCCGAACGGUGUAGACAGUGACGGUUGGGUGAGAGGUGCUGCGGGCAACAGUUUGAAACAACAAAGCGAAAUCAAAAGAAAAGAAGAACUUGGCCAUUCUUCUGUGCGUCGUCUGCUUUUAGAUCGUUCGACAAAGUCAUUGAACGAAAAGGAAAGUAGGCAGUGUGUUGUGCUGUGUUGUGCUUUGUGUGUGUGUGCAAAAGUAAAAGGAGAAUCCAAUAAAAAAAUAUAAGUUGUUUACGUGAGAGAGCGGAACAUGCGCGCAACGUGAUUCCGGUCGAUGAUGUCAUCGCUGGCAUGAUUCACUCGUCUCUUGCAAGCUGUUUCUUUUUAUCCCAACACUCGAGCGUCACGCUGCUUUUGAAAUUGUGAAAGAAAUUCAUCAUCGUUCUCUCUCUCGGUGUGUCUGUGUGUGUGUGUGAAACAAACAAAUAUUUAACCCGACAUUUAGACCCACAAGUUGGCUGUUCUUCAAAAUGGAUAUCUUACCGAGUGGAAACAUUUUUCGGGAGUUGCAAGUCGUCCAUGAUACUGGAUACCUUUCGGCACAGACGUCACUCGAAGAUCACUGGGAACAGACGUGCUACGAGAUGGAACGGUAUUUGAAAGAUGAGCCGCAACAGCAGCAGCCGUCAUCUUCGCCGCUUUGCUCCUCGUCAGCAGCGGCGGCCCUACGCCGGGCCGAAUCUUUUGACAUGUUGUCGUCUUCCAUCCAACCGGCCAGCUAUUUGGCUCCUGACUCGGUCAACUCACCCAUGUGGCCCUGGUCUUUCAAACAGGAGCCAGUCGAUCCCGACACGGAUCCCGAUGACGGAUGCCAACUCCUACGAGCUCACAAGCACCACCACCAAAUCGCCCUUCGGUUGGGACUCAAAUUGCGGGCGGGCGAAACGUACGCCGACGAGUCGACGGAAGCGGAUGAGAGCGAUCGCGAGCUGGAAGAAGAAGAGGAGGAAGAAGAAGAAGAAGAAAUGGAGAGGAAAGGCGGAAGAGCGCUGGAUGCGGUGAGCUUGAGCUCGGCCAGUUCGCGAUCCAGUCGCGGCUCGUGGGACAGUCUGGGCGACCUGGACCCGACGCUGCGGAUCCAUCCGUACAGCAGCAGUUGCAGCAGUUCGCACACUAGUUCCAACAACAACAGUCACCACCACCAUCGCCCCAACCACCGAGGACCUGUCAGAAUCUAUCACCAUCACCACAAGACGCCACGAGGAGGAGGUCAACUUCUCACCCCGCCUUCCAGUCCUGAAUCCAUCCGCGCCUCAAUGGUCUCGGCACUCAAGUCGGCGACAGCGGUCAACCGCAACGCCAAUGGCAAAGUCUCGGUCAACAACAACAACGUCACUGCUGCCAACAACGUCGCUGACAACGUCGCCGCCGCCGCCGCCGCCGCCGCCGAACUCAGCGGGACGCAGACAAGCCGGAACGCGGCGGCGGCGGCUGUCAGAACGUUGACGGCCCUGGGCCUGACUCCCGCCACCUCACGGGGUGGAGUCGCCGAGCGUCGCCGCAUCCACAAGUGCCAAUUUCCCGGAUGCAAGAAGGUCUACACCAAGAGCUCUCAUCUCAAGGCUCACCAGAGGACCCACACAGGAGAAAAGCCGUACCAGUGCUCAUGGGAGGGAUGUCAGUGGCGAUUCGCCCGCUCAGACGAGCUGACCCGCCAUUACCGCAAACACACGGGCGCCAAACCGUUCAAGUGCGUUCAUUGCGAACGCAGUUUCUCCCGCUCCGACCACUUGGCCCUCCACCUCAAACGUCACCAAUAAGAAAUCGACAACAACAAAAUGGAUGCAUGAAGUUGGUAUAUAAAACACGCGUGUCGUUUCUCUCGUUUUGUUAGCCAUUUUUAUUUGGGAAUUAUUAUAAUUUCUUAGAAUUAUCCCCGCGAACCUUUUUUUUUUUAAAUUCUGAAAUUGUAAUUUUCAUUCACGCGUCUGCGGUCGCCGCACAUCGAACAAAAAAGUAUAAAUUAACAACCAAAAUUGGGCAAAACGGAGCAAUUUUUUCUGUGUGGCAAUUGAUUUGUUAUUUUUAAAAAACAA